AUUUUUUGUGUGUGUGUAAUAUCUAUAUAUAUAUAUAUAGAUAUUUGUUAUUAUCCUUUGUUAAUCAUCAAAGGAUAUAAUAAUCCUGAGAAUUGAAGCCUUCAAGUUGCAGGACUGAUCUUUCAACUGAAGGUGUAUACAUCUCAAGAACCAGAGAGAUGGCUUUCAAAUCAGAGCUCUCUCAUCCGAGUUCUAAUGAUGUCGAACAAGUUUUAAGAAAAGUUGAUGAUAUCAAACAGCAAAUCUGCACUCUCAGACUUGACAUGGCUUCAGCUUCAGUGCAAAGACAGAAAGCACAGAUACAGAUUCAGCUUUCAAACAGUGAGUACAAAUCUUAUUCAGAAUACAGCGAAGGGUUGAGAAGGGAGAUAGAAGCAACGAUCGUAGAGAAAGAAUUCGUUGAUUUAGCUAGAAUUGAAACUGAGAAUGAGAUCAAACGAAUCAAAGCAAGCCAUGAAACAGAUGCUGCAAAUUUCAUUGAAAGCAUGGAAAAAGUCAAGUCCAGAACUAUACAACUCCGGGAAGAAAUUAAAGCUGGAGAGACGCUGCAGAAAAAGCUAGGGAUAACUGCUUCAGAAUUGAAUGCCUUGCAUCAUGAGAUGGAGUUCGUUAGAUUAAUGGAGAAAAGCAAUCUGAAGACUCGUUAUGUGAGGGAUGAGCAAGAGGUCGCCGAUUUGUCGAGUUUACAGUUGUCGAGAGUCGAACUGGACGCAGCAAAGAAAGAGCUUUCGUGGCUCAAAGAAGAAGGGUUCGGGAUUAUGGAUGUAAUGGAUGUCACGAGGAAAGAGCUAACGCAUAUCGCUAAAGAAAAGGAGAACUGUAGAAGGGAAGUAAAGGAAUAUGAAUCAAGAGUGGAGAUUCUCGAGGCGAAGCUCCACGAAGCCAUGUCGAUGAUGGAAUCUGCAUCGGCGGCGGAGACGAGAGCCGAUGCCAUUGUUGCCUCUCUCUCAGUCGCACUCCGCCAGCUCCACUCCGAUAUAGGAGCAGCGAGGCGGGAAGCAGAGCUGGUUCGCGAAGAGACCAAGGCAGUAAGAAGUCAAACAGAGAUGACCAAAUCGAGGACGUCUGAGUCAUUGGAGGAAAGACUCGGCGCGGCAAUGGAGGCGCUCAAAAACGCGAAGGCUUCGGAAGCCAUGGCACUGGAGGAGUUGCAGCAAGUCACGGAGAGCACCAUGACAGAGAGGGCGAUUUCGGCUCUGUGGAGCGACACUAUAACCAUCUCCAAAUCCGAGUACUACUACCUGAUCAAGCAGGGCAAGGCAGCGACUGAGGUCGCCGAAAAGAAGGUGACGGCGGCGCUGGCAUGGAAGGAGGUCUUCGAGGCGAAGGAGAAAGGUGGGUGCGAGGAAAGGUGGGCGAUUGUGGCGGUGGAUCAGGAGAUCAGAGGGAUCGAUCAUGUGACCCCCCGGUCGUGGCAUGACACGAAGCUUGUUAUAGCGAUGCCGAGAAGGUCUCUUCAUGUCAGCGGCAUCUCGGGGAGGAUUAACGGCCAAAUUAGCUCGCCGAGUUUGCUGAAGAAGCAACCAAGCCUCAAAUCUAUAGCUCCAAGGUUGACCUUGGAUUCCAAGAAGAAAGGAAAGGUAAUGGAGAAGGUAGUUAGUUUUCUCAACGGUCACAGGAGCUGUCGGAAUAUCAAAGCUUCUGCGUAAUCUAAAACGCUCAAUCAAGCAGCUCAAUCGUGUAUAACAUGGGACAACUUUGCUCUCCACUUUGUUAAAUUAUGUAUUUGAUGUCAUGACCGUGGACAAUUACUCAUGGCUAAUCCUGAUUGAAAAUGUUUGAAGGUCAAUAAUCUAAAUUAUUUCGACUUAGAGAUUAUUGUUGAUCGUGGAGAUCGUAAUCUCAAGGGAAACUUUACUAAA